AUGGGCCCCAGGUUUCGCUGCGUCGCCCCUUAUGGCCUCAUGAACUACUCCGCCUUCUGCUCCAUGUUAGGGGUUUUGGCGAUGUUGAGGGAGACGCAAAUAACGGACCGUCUCUUCAAGGCCUUCGACAGGGACCACAACACCGAGCUGAACUUCACCGAAUUCGCAGUCGCCCUGGGGACAAUGCUGUGCGGCAAAGAAGAUGACAAACUUGACCUCGCCUUUAGGAUUCUAAACCCCAGCUUUACGGGGACCGGAGCCAGUCUAUCUGACUAUGACUUCGAAGAUGACAACGAAGAAGAUAGCAGCAGCAGCAGCAGCAAAGGCUCAAAGGAGGCACCAGGAGACGCAGAAGCAGCAGCAGCAAAGCCAGACGCGCAGCAGCAGCAGCAGCAGCAGCAGCAGCAUCAGCAGAAGACACAGCCACAGACACAGCAGAGAAAUCAGCAGGAAAACGCAGGCCGGCCGCCUUCGCCGCAGGCGCAGCUGCAGCAGCACCUGCACCAGCACCUGCACCAGCACCAGCAGCAGCACCAGCAGCAGCAGCCGGCAAACCCAGAGACUUCCCCGUUACCAAAGGUGCAGCUGCUGCGGCAGCAGCAGCCUGCUGCUGCUGCAGCGCCGAGCGAGCAGCAAGAGCCCGCUGGGGACCGGCCGCGCUCCCCGUCACCGCAGCAGCCGCAGCAGCAGCAGCAGCAGCAGCAGCAAGUGGUGUCCCGGCACGGGCGCGUGGUGAGUCUCGCAGCUUUUCGGAAACUCCAAACCCUCGUCUGUGCAGAUAGUGUUUCCUUCGAGGGUUUUGUGUCUCUAAUUCGAGCUGUGGAGGCUUCGCGGCGGAUUCUGGUGGGGGAUGAAAGAGCUGCUGCUGCUGCAGCAGCAAUUAAAAGUGUCUUCUCCCGAGCAGCAACUUGGCUGCCGGACCAAACCCAAAGACUUUUCCUCAAUGACUUCAAAGCAGCAGUCCGCAGCAGCCCCCCUUUUCUCGCGCUGCUGGGCGUUGACGUUGCUGCUGCAGCAGCAGACACCACUGCAGGCGGGCGCGCGGCCAAGGCCUGGAACGAGGCAAACGAGUCGAAUAAGGCAAAGGCGGACGCCCCCGCGAAAAACACUCAAGACCCUUCAAACCAGCCAUUCACCAGCACGCCGGGUUUAGAUGCAGCAGAACGAAGGCAGCAGCAGCAGCAGAAGCAGCAGCAGCAGCAGCAACAGCGCCAGCAGCUGCAACAGCUGCAGCAGCAGCACAAACAGCAUCUGCAGCAGCUGCAGCAAUGCGUCGCAGACCUCCAAGAGAUCGAGAGACACUUCUACAAACUAAAAAGGCAACUGUGGAUGCAAGAGGACGUGUCUUCAAGCGACUGCAACCUGAGCUUGACGAACAGCGCAGCAGCACAGACAAUGGCAGCAGCAGCAGCAGCGACAGGAGCGUCCAUUGAUGCAGCAGGAGGUCGAGUUGCUGUUGCUCCUGAGAGAUCUUUAAAACCCUACGACUACAACUACAAAGAAAAGUUCCGACUCCUCUCCAACUCCUCCGCCCUCGACAGCGCAAGCGCCCUGCGCCCCACGGCAGUGCGCUUCACGGAUUACUCCCCCAUGGUGUUUCGCCACUUGCGGGAAAUGUUCAAAAUAGACAAAACGGUGUACAUACACUCCAUUGGGCCAGAGCAGGUCGUCUCAAACAUGCUUUUGGGGAGUCUCUCCUCUCUUUGCGAGCUCGUCUCCGAAGGAAAGAGCGGAGCUGUCUUCUACUAUACCGCAGACGGCAAAUUUAUAAUCAAAACGGUCUCGCGAGAAGCAGCCAAAGGCCUCCGUCGUAUCUUACCUGCCUACGUCGCCCACUUUGUCGAAAACUCUGAAAGCCUCUUGUCCAGGUUUUUGGGGCUGCAUGCAAUCAAGCACAUCUUUCCCAGCCAUGGCAAACUCAGCGCUGCAGGAAAUCGCAUGCGUCACAAAACAUAUUUUUUGGUAAUGGAAAAUCUGUUUCACACCCCGGUGCCUAUACACCGCAGAUACGACUUGAAGGGCUCCACUUACAAACGUUCCCUAGCCCCGGAAAGCCGCGUAGAUCCAACUAUAGCUCUCAAAGACAAUGACCUCGAGCGUGAAGGAGAAAAGAUCGACAUAGGGCCAGAGAGGGCAGCGAGGCUGCUGGAGCUGCUGCGCAAAGACGCCAACUUUCUCGUGACUCAUGGAUUAAUGGAUUAUUCCCUGCUUGUGGGCAUUUACUAUUCCACGAGUGGAACGGCUGCAUCCCGGCCUGGAGGCAGCUUUUCCAGAGUUCCUUUGCCAGCUGCACUCACAAACGAGCCUAUACCUUCAGCCAGCACCGACACAGAUGUGCCCUUCUGGCGUCGGGACUUGGGAGGUUUGGCGAGCCGCGACGGCAGCAAAUUAUAUUACGUUGGCAUAAUUGACGUUUUGACAAAAUGGGGGGCUUUUAAAAGAACGGAAAAUGCUAUUAGAGUUGUACAGACCUGUGACUCUUAUGGCAUUUCUUGUGUCAAUCCUGCCUUCUACGCAAGCCGCUUCAUAAGUUUCCUGGAGCGCCACAUAGUGUGA